AUGGGGGUAAUCGACAACCUCCCCAUCGAGCUCUUCAGCCUUGUUCUCAAGUACCUCGUAUACCAUGAUAUCGGGACUCCGGGGAAUUAUCAAUGGUACGGCGACCCAGUCGUCCUCGACGUGUUGUCUGUCGCGCAAGUCUGUAAAAAGUGGCGGCAAAUUGCCCUGAAGACGCCUUCGCUAUGGACGACGCUGAACGAUGUCUUGCAUCCCUUUGUCAUCGAGUACGCGUUGGAACAGUCAUCGAACUUGCCUCUGAAGGUGUGCUUGGACUUUCGAUGGUACUUUAUAGGCUCGGACGAUGAAGACAGCGAUGAGGAUGGCUUUGGCCACAACGGCGGUGAUGAAAUACAAUGGCAAGCCGUUCAAAAGCUCGCUUCGCAGAUUCCCCGCACUUCACACCUUGUUGUCCGAUUCCAUCAGGGGUAUGCAUAUUCCUUAAUCCCCUUCCUCUCGCAAGACGCCCCCCUGCUGGAGCACUUCGAGAUCAAUAAUCAAGAGAAUCCCUGGUCAAAUUUCGAGCCGCUUAUUCUCCCGCCGGCCAUCUUCAAUGGGAAGUGUCCAUCGCUGCGCCACCUUGUCUUGCGUUGCUCCGAGAUUCAAUAUGACUCCCCCAUCCUGCUCAAUUUGACAACCCUGAUGUUGAUUUGGUCGACAUUGGAAAGUUCAUCUCAGCUCCUCCAGAUGAUAUCUAAGCUGAAAUAUCUAGAAACUUUCUAUUUCACUGGAAUGUUCAAAACGGAGGAUUCUGGAAAUUUGGGCACCGUCGUUCUGCCCAAGUUACGGCAGCUGUCAUUGAUCGAUAUCGACGACGCCGAUGUAUGCACCUUGCUGUUGACUCACGUCAAGUGCCCGUAUGCGUCCCUCCGGAUAAUCCUCAGGCUGAAACCUACUGAGAACCUCGUAGACCUGUUCCGCGCCUGCAAGCGUUGGCUCUCCUUCCAUGAUGGCCAUGGCGUAAUCGAUAACAUAAAGAUUGACGGUGGCCACGUCUGCGAAGACCUCCAGCUGGAAGGGUUCUCAUCCACCGAACCGGCGUUUCGAUUUAGCAUCACGGUCUCAGAGGAAGUUGAGCCUGAAGAUGUAGAUUCGGACGACGAGGACGAUGUCAUUGAACUGGAUCAGAUCAUUACGGUCGCCCUCUCAGAGCUACCACUCGACAAUGUCCACACACUCCACUUCUACACCAUGGUCCGCGUAUCUCACCAAUUCUGGGCGCGCAUACUGUCUACAUCACUUCUAAACCUACAAACAGUCGAAGUAUGUCCGCUGUCGGCUCGCUAUUGGUCUGAGAUAAUGGCAUGGUGCGCGACCCGUGGCGCUACCCAUAACUAUCUCCGGGGCAUAACGGAGGUGGUUGUGUUCUCCCUUCAUAAUGUCGGCCUUGGUCAAGCUGUCGCAGCUGGGCUUUUGAACCUCCCGCUCGCAAACGUCCAUACACUGCACUUCUACGCCGGGUCCCUCGUUUCCGAAGAAUCCUGGGCAACUGAAUUGUCCAACUUGAAAUCGCUCCCUAAUCUACGGAGCGUUGAGGUGUGCCCGCUUUCGGCACUUCAUUGGUUCGAAGUGUUUCCGUGGUGUAUGAACUGUGGCGCUGACCGGUGCUUUCUGCAUGGCGUCCAGGAGGUGGUGGUGUGGAGGUUUCCCAACAAGUGGCCUGCCCUCGGCGAGAAUAUGGGUGUUCAUUUCGUAGGGACGGCCGCUCUUCAUAGUCUUCGGGCCAAGCGGCCACCCAUUGUGGCCAGUGGCCACUCGUUCUAA